AGUAAAAAUAAAUGGAGGGUUAGAUUUGAGUGCAGAGAAUCUGUUCCCCGUGAGUUGGCCUCUUAUUUAUGAGAGUGAGUCCAAUACGAGCCUAGUGUAGUCCGGAACAAUGGUCGAUCCCAGUACUUGUUGGUAGCAAUUAUUCAUGGAAUGGGAAUACACAGGCUAACCAAUACAAACAGGUAACUGGUAGAUAAAAACGUACUCCACUCAUGUGCGGUAAAAAGUGAACUUGGUAGAUAAAGUAAAUGGAUAAAAGCUCUCCGUACUAAGCAAUCUCUGGCAAUGCUCAUUGUCACCUCAAAUCACAAACAGUUUGCGAGUAAAGUCAAAAUCGAUUCAUUUAUGGGACGUUUCUUCUCACCAGACCCCAUCAUCUCAAACCUUUUUGGUCUAUAAUCUAGCAUAGACUGUGCCUCAUGCCUCACCCCUCAUCCAUUGGAAUACGUAAAAUACUAUUAAAGUAAUUAUUCAUCAUUUAUUACUACUCCUAUUAACUUUAUAUUAGAGCUUUUUAUUCUUAUCCAUGCAUUGGUAAUUUGGUACUCGAAUGCAACAUUCUUCACCUGCACCCGGUUUUGCCAUGGACAUUCGUUCACAUAGAGGUGCUAGAGAAACGAGUCCAGACCGUGCCAAAAUAUGUAGGAUGAAGCAGAAAGCGAAGGCCGUUAGAAAAGUACAAGUUGUUUAUUAUCUCUCACGAAAUGGCCUAUUAGAGCAUCCACAUUUCAUGGAAGUUACUCUCUCUCCCAAUCAACCUCUCCGUUUGAAAGAUGUAUUUGAUCGCCUCAUGGCUCUGAGAGGAAGUGGCAUGCCUUCUCAAUAUUCAUGGUCUACUAAAAGAAACUAUAAGAGUGGAUAUGUGUGGCAUGAUUUAUCGCUGAAGGACAUAAUUCAUCCAUCAGAAGGUGGAGCUGAGUAUGUACUCAAAGGAUCUGAACUUGUAGAAGGAUUUCAACAACUGAAUUUGAGCGAGAAACAAGCAAUUCAGCCGCAGCAAGAACAGAAUUUUACUAGUUACAACAAUUCAAAGAGUAAGGUUGCGUUGAGUGGAAGACACCAACCGAAAUUAGAGAGUGAAGAUCAUCCAUAUGAAGAGUACGAAGAGGAAUUGUUAGAGAAAGAGUAUGAUCAUUUAGAUGGAGAGAAAACGAGUUAUACAAGUUCAACAACAACGCCGCAUUCUCGUUGCUCUAGAGGUGUAUCAACGGAAGAGCUUGAUGAGGUAGUUAUAACUAAUUCCCAUACUACCCCGCCACCUCCGAAUCCAAAUUCCGCUACUACCCUCGCGGAGAAACUGAAACAGAGGGAUGAGAGGAGGGUCAACAAUGUGAUAACUUCUAAUUACCCGAAACGGUUAGGGAAUGAGUCGCUGACGUCAGCGCCAGUACCACAAAGUCGUUAUUCUGUUUUGCUGCAACUGAUAGCGUGUGGGAGUUCUGGUGCGGAGAUGAAAGCGAAGCAGAAUGGAGGAGAAUCGCGGUUGAGCAAUGUGGGGACCAGUAAGAGGAGGGAGAGCCUCGAUGAGGAGAAGCUGUAUUCAUCUGGCAAUCAUUGUCAUCAUCGUGACGAUGACGAUGAUGUAUGUGUAUCGGAGAAUCCGAGGUUGUUAGGGAAUUUGCAAUCAGAGGAAAAGGAAUACUUCAGUGGGAGUAUUGUGGAAUCCAUGAAAGCGAACCGGGUCGCUUUCGCUUUCGAGGAGGGUGAACCGGUGCUCAAGAAAUCCAAUUCUUAUAAUGAAGAAAGGAGAAGCAGGCUAGGGAUGGAGGAGUUGCAGUUGAGGGAAACAAAAGAGGGAAAAGGAGGAGUGAGAGAGAAAUGCAUACCGCUUAUAAAAUCUUCUAAAGAGAGUAGGAAAUGAUGUGAGAUCUGGUCACGUGAAUUUGUUUAUCCUAGUUCAUUAGGUUUGUAAUGAGUGCUACACUAGUACUAGAGGUAGUUAUAUGUUGUUCCAUGCAUUAUUAAUUUGUUUUCACUUUCUCAUUUCAUUGUAUUAGUUUCUCGCUUAAUUUACAAAGUAAAUUGUGCAUUUGAGGCCUUAAUGCGUGAUUAAUUAAUUCUA